GAACUAAAGAUAUACAAAUUUAUAGAAAAGGUUCUGAUAAGAACUCGCGGUGAAGCCGGUUUUACUUAUAUAUAUGAUGUCAUCAUUCCUGAAGUAAUGGUAAGAGCUAUAGCUUCAGUAGAAAAUUGUUCACUAUCUGAUGCUUGGACGAAACUAGAAACUUCAUAGCUGUUAUACAUACACAAGACUAUUAUUAUUAAUUAUAGCUACCCACCUAUAGUUUUAUUUCUUGUUGCUGGUUGCUGGUCGCUGCUUAUAGUACCUUUUAUUGUGUUAUGAUUUUUAUUAAAAAUAGGAGGAGGGCGUGUUAGUUUGUGGGCGUGUAAACUGUUAAAUUGUUGCACCAUGGCUUGGAAAUAAAAAGAUUGCACAAUUCUGUGACAUCUCUCUUUAAGGCUAUAAAGCGAUGUUCACCUCUGCUACCACCAUCAUUUCUUGUAGUUAGAGAUGUGAUUGAAUAGCCUUUGACAAAGGACCGCUUUAACUUGGUAACUACACAGGAGUAACUACAAAUCAGAUUAUAAAUUUAGUGCAAAUACAAUGGUGCGUUUUACAGUGGAGCAAGUCCGUUCUAUCAUGGACAAGCGGACCAAUGUCCGCAACAUGUCUGUGAUAGCUCACGUUGAUCAUGGGAAAACCACACUCACUGAUUCCCUGGUCCUCAAGGCUGGGAUCAUUGCUGGUAGUAAAAUUGGUGAACGAUACACUGAUACUGAGGAUGAAGAACGGAAGCGUGGCAUAACAAUCAAAUCAACUGCUAUCUCUUUGUAUUACGAGUUGCAAGAUAAGGAUAUGUCCCACAUCACUCAGGAAAAGGACGGGAAUGGUUUCCUCAUAAAUCUCAUUGACUCGCCAGGUCAUGUUGAUUUCUCUUCUGAGGUAACUGCAGCUCUUCGUGUCACUGAUGGAGCAUUGGUUGUGGUGGAUUGCAUAAGUGGCGUCUGUGUCCAAACUGAGACAGUUUUACGUCAAGCCAUAGCUGAGAGGAUCAAGCCUGUUUUGUUUAUGAAUAAGAUGGACCGAGCACUCCUUGAGCUGAAGCUAGAUCAGGAGGACCUUUAUAUGACCUUCCAGCGAAUUGUGGAAUCAGUCAAUGUCAUCAUUGCAACUCAUAGCGAUGAAGAUGGCCCAAUGGGAAAUAUAAUGGUUAGCCCAAAUGAAGGCACUGUUGGAUUUGGCUCCGGUUUGCAUGGCUGGGCCUUCACUCUUAAACAAUUUGCUGAGAUGUAUUCAGUCAAGUUUUCCAUUGAGCCUGUGAAGCUUAUGAAGCGAUUGUGGGGCGAAAACUUCUACUCAUCCACUGAAAAGAAAUGGAGCAAGAGUGCUGGCCCUGGAUACGUCAGAGGCUUUUGUCAGUUCAUACUUGAUCCUAUUUAUAAGGUUUUUGAUGCGAUUAUGAAUUUCAAAGAUGAAGAGGUGCAAAAGCUGUUAGAUAAGCUUCAAAUUAAGCUAACUCCAGAAGAAAAGGAGUUGAAAGGAAAACCUCUCCUUAAAGCUGUUAUGCCUAAGUGGUUGUCUGCUGGUGACACUUUACUUCAAAUGAUCACCAUCCACCUACCAUCACCAGUCACAGCACAAAAGUACAGGAUGGAAUUAUUGUAUGAAGGACCUCAUGAUGACAUUUGUGCUCAAGGAAUUGCCAACUGUAACCCUGAAGCUCCAUUGAUGAUGUACGUUAGUAAGAUGGUGCCCAGUUCUGACAAGGGACGGUUUUUUGCUUUUGGACGUGUUUUUAGUGGAGUGAUUGGUACAGGCCAAAAGGUUCGCAUAUUAGGGCCCAACUACACACCACGAAAUCAGUCUGAUCAUGUGGUCAAGUCUAUUCAAAGGACUGUUGUGAUGAUGGGUCGUUCCAGUUUGAAUGUUGAGGAUGUUCCUUGUGGUAAUGUUGUUGGUUUGGUUGGAGUUGAUCAGUUUCUUGUCAAGACUGGUACUAUCACAACAUCUGAGGAUGCAUACAAUAUGAGGGUGAUGAAGUUCAGUGUUAGUCCAGUGGUACGUGUUGCUGUUGAAGCUACCAAUCCAGUGGAUCUUCCCAAACUUGUUGAAGGAAUGAAACGACUAGCAAAAUCAGAUCCCUUAGUCCAGUGCUCCAGUGAAGCGAAUGGUCAGUUUGUUGUAGCUGGAGCUGGUGAGUUACAUUUGGAAAUUUGCCUCAAAGAUUUGGAAGAAGACCACGCUUGCAUUCCCAUUAAAAAAUCUGAUCCUGUAGUCUCCUAUUGUGAAACAGUUACUCAAGAAAGCGAUGUCAUUUGUAUUGCUAAAACUCAAAAUAAACUCAACCGAAUUUACAUGAAGGCCUCUCCACUUUCUAGUGAUGUUUUGAAGGAUAUUGACGAAGGAGUCAUCACUCAUACUCAAGAGCUCAGACCAAGAGCACAUUUACUGGCAGAGAAGCAUAACUGGGACAUGGCAACAGGACGCAAGAUAUGGUCAUUUGGGCCAGAAGGAAGUGGCCCCAACCUACUCAUUGACUCAACCAAAGGAUGCAUGGCUUUGAAUGAGAUUAGGGAUGGUAUUAUUGCUGGAUUUCAAUGGGCUAGCAAAGAGGUUAGUCAGUUACCAGCUCCUUUUAUUCUAUAUAAUAGUGCACCGUAUACUAAAAAUAAUAUAAUGUGAGACUACCAAUUCUAAAAAACACCAUGCAUAGUAGGGCUGUGAGGUAUACCUAUAUUUCUAUAUACCAAGGUAUUACUUUUAGAUAUAGAAGGUAUAUAUUUAAGUUUCAAAGGUUUUUAAUAUAGCAUCAACUACUAAUACCGUUAUACCGUCAAUACCGUACUUUUACAGUACUUUCGUAGUGCCAAAUACACAUAAAAAA